ACUUGGUCUGCGCUCGCGCCGCACAUUCGUACGCCGCUCCUUCCCGCGAAAACUCGCGCGCAACCAUGUCUCAUUUGAAAGUUUUGCGCGGCAAUUUUGUAAAGAUCCUAAACUCUCCCCCUAAAUUGACCCGUAAAACUAAAAUACUUCGGAAUGUGUUAAACAACAGGUGCUUCGCUACGAAGGCUGCCCCUGUCGUCGAGGGCAAGUAUUUGACUUCGACAUGGGGUGAGAUUGAAAUCGGGAAAGAAACUUUGACGGAUUACGUGUUUCGGGACGUCGAGUUAUGGUCGGAUAAGCCUUGUGUGACAUGCGGCGCAUCGGGGCGUGGCUACGACUACAGCAUGAUGCAGCUCAUGAUCGAGCGCUGCGCCAAUGGCCUCGCUGGAGCCCUGAAGAUGAAGCAAGGAGAGAAGAUCGGCCUCAUCCUGCCCAACCUGCCGGAGUUCGUGGUCCUUAUCUACGGAGCUAUGAAGGCCGGCUUAGUUGUGACGUUCGCGAAUCCUCUGUACACUGCUGAUGAAGUGAGAAGGCAAUUCACGGAUUGCAACGUAAAAUGCAUCGCGACCAUCGAGAUGUUCAUGCCCGUUGCUACCGAGGUGGCGAAGUCUCUCAAGGACUACAAGGGCACGAUUUGGGUCGGCAGCGAUAUUGAACACCAGGAUGGUGUAUAUGGACUGAAGCCGCUACUGAUGGCGGACCACGAGGCAGACCUUCCCGAAGUGAACGCCGACGAUGUCUGCCUCAUUCCCUACUCCAGCGGCACCACAGGCAUGCCCAAAGGUGUCAUGCUGACGCACAAGAACCUUGUGUGCAACUUGAAGCAGGUCCAGUGGCCGAAGAUGAUGAAGUAUGAGGGAGAAAAGGGCAAAGGCGACGUGGUGCUAACGGUACCGCCAUUUUUCCACAUCUACGGGUUCAAUGGGGUGCUAAACUAUAACCUCACUCUCGGCUACCACGUCGUCAGUAUGCCUAGAUUUACCCCAGAAGACUACAUCAAGUGCCUGUCGGAAUACCAGCCCACGACGCUGUUCGUGGUGCCGUCGCUGCUGGCGUUCCUCGCCACGCACCCGUCCGUCAAGAAGGAGCACUUGCAGUUUGUGGAAACAAUCAUGGUGGGCGCGGCGCCGACUACGGACAGUAUGCUGGAGAAAUUCCUGCUUAAAUGCGAGAAGACUAAGGAUGAGAUCCGUUUGUUACAAGGGUACGGCAUGACCGAGAGCGCGCCCGUGGCGCUGAUGACGCCGUACGUGUACCCGUACAACAAGGUGGGGUCCGUGGGGCAGCUCGUGCCCAGCACGCAGGGCAAGGUCGUGUCGCUCACCAGCGGCGACAUGCUGGGCCCGCACAAGUCGGGGGAGCUGUUAAUUAGAGGACCGCAGGUAAUGAAAGGCUACUGGAACAACGAGGCGGCAACCAAAGAGACGCUGGACGCCGACGGGUGGCUGCACACCGGCGACGUGGCGUACUACGAUGACGACCAGUACUUCUACAUCGUCGACCGCACCAAGGAGCUCAUCAAGGUUAAGGGUAACCAGGUAUCUCCUACGGAGCUCGAAAGCGUAAUAAUGGAACUGCCAGAAGUAGCCGACGUGGCGGUAGUAGGCGUACCCCACGCCCUAGCUGGCGAGGUGCCCCGAGCGUUCGUUGUUCUCAAACCUAAACAGAAUCUCACAGAGAAGCAAGUCUACGACCUUGUGGCGUCUAAACUAACUAGGUACAAGCACCUUGAAGGAGGAGUCGCCUUUCUAGACUCUAUCCCAAGAAAUGCUGCCGGUAAAAUCAUGAGGAACGAACUCAAAGUUAGAAGGUACACCCCUAAGAAGUGAUGAUGAGUAAAUAACUUGUACAUAGUAUUAUAGCAAAUUGUAUAGAAAUAUGAGCUGUGAUUUUUUAGUAUAAUUAUUUUGAUGGUGCAGCAGUAGAAUUUAGUGAAUAACAAACAAUUGUUAUUGUAUAGUUUAUUAUUAUUGAAAGGUAUUAUAGGUUUUAUGUUAUUUGUUAUGUCCCUGACAAUCUUCCAUGAAAUGUAUGAUGGUCAAGGGGUCAUCCAUUAAUUACAUCACACGAUUUUCCUAGGUUUUUUGCCCCCCCCUCCUUGUCACACAUGGUCACAUUUAGCAAACCCCUUCCCCCUAGUGUGACGUCACAUUUUUGGCAAUUUUGUUUUCAACGAAAUCGGCAAAUAGAAUUAAUAUUUUAUCAAAAUAUUUUUGCUUAAAGAAAUAUUAGUAAUUUUAUAAUCCAAAACUGAUUAGGAAAGAAAAUUUAAACGAAUAAAAACAAUUAUUGUUCCAUUAACUUAUUAUUCAACUGUGCAGCGAAUAAAAAUCUUUAAAUAAAUCUUCGGUUACUGAUGAUGAUGAUUAAAGUGACGUCACAAAGUUUGUGUACCCCCCCCCCCCUUGUCACAUUUUCUAUACCCCCUCCCUCCCCCUAAACGUGUGAUGUAAUUAAUGGAUGACCCCCAAGGGCAAAGUAUGAAUGUAAUAAAUUGUUAAUAGGUAAAUAAAUGAAAUAAAAUUAUUACAAUCCA